CCAGUCCCCAGCGGGGCGGUGUGACCCGUUCUCCGCGCUGCCCGCCGCGGCCUGCCCGCCGCCUCCGCCCCGGGACAGGCUCCUCCCGGGGGUGGGCUGAGCCGAGCCGCCCGCUUUACCCGCCACGUCUUUUCUGCGUUCCAGGGCAGGAUGGGGUUCGUCUUCUCCAAGUCGAUAAACGACAGCCUGAAAGCCCAGCAGGAGUUUAUGGCGAUGAACUCGCGGCUUCAGCUGGAAAGGCAACUACUGAUGCAGAACCAGAUGAGAGAGAGACAAACAGCCAUGCAGAUUGCUUGGACACGGGAAUUUCUAAAAUAUUUUGGGACAUUUUUUGGACUUGCUGCUGUAGGUUUAACAGCUAGAGCAAUAAAAAAGAAGAACCCAGGAGUUUUACUGCCAAUAGUUCCCUUAAGCUUUAUAUUUGCCUAUCAAUAUGAUAUGGGCUAUGGGACACUGUUGCAAAGGAUAAAAGGUGAAGCAGAGAACAUUUUGGACACACAGAGCACUUUGCUAGAAUUGCCGAAAGGACCACUCACUUAUGAAGAGCUGGAGAAAAUCAGAAGAUCUCAGAGCAAGUUCUUCAUAGAAAAAUAGGAAGAUGGUAUUAAAGCUGAAUGUCUGAAAUGUGAUUGUAAUACUUGUUUUGGACAUAAAUGAAUCAUUAAAAUUUUAAGAAAAUUACAAGCUUUUAUAAAAUUGAAAUAGAAUUCAUUUUUUUAACUGGUAUUUUCUAAAGCAAUGAUUUUUGUAUCUUAUGUAUCUCUUGAAAACUUCCAUUGUUACUGUAGUAUAUUUUUCUUGUUUAGAAUGAAAUAUUGAAUUGACACUAUUUAGAGUCUGAAAAUAACUUUCACCUGUAGUAAAAAUGUCUGGUGCUGACCAAACUCACUACAAUCAACAAAAAUAAGUUAAUUGGUAGUUACAAAUGUGUAUGAAUAUGGUCAUAAUUUUCAAAUGUAUUUAAGGAUGCAUAGCUCAUUUUGAAGUCAGGAAUAGACAGUCAACUUUGAAAAAUAAGGCACUUUUUAUUUGCUGUUCUUUAGGCAGUAAACUCACUAUUUCUGCUUCAAAUUCUGGAAUAAACAGCUUUUAUCAGAAGUAGGUUCAGAAGUAAACACGUCACUUGCUAACUGUGUGUUUUACUCUUAGGAAAAACUGUAUUAAAGUAUAAGCAGAGAUAAUUUCUCAAAAAGAGAAAACAAAUUAUGUAGCUAUUUCCUGAAUCUUUUUCAUGCUUGUUUGACAUUCUGAAACUCAGGAUAAUUUGUUUACAUGAAAUCAGAGUUUCACUACUAAGAUGAAUAUUAACUUAGACUAACAGCAAGCAAAAUUACUAAUGUAUGUUUUUGUAAUGGGUAGAUCCAAGGGGUCUUACAAGUACUGAAAAACUGAGGGAUUUUUUGCAUGCCUUUACUCUAGCAUGGUAUAUACAGAGAAUAUAAUGUUAGUAUAUUUUAGUGUUCUGAUGUUACACUUGGCAAAAAAAAAAGGCAUCUUUCUGUAUUGGAAAUCUUGUUUAAAACCAGAUUAUUUUGUGCUUUGGUGGAAACUAUUCUAGCAUUAGUCUAAUUGUGGAAUGAAAAACAAAUGCCCGAAAAGCAUCCAAUAAUGAAUUAAGCCAAGUCUGUACUGACAAUUUGUUGAGAUAAAAAUUAAAUUCUGGGUGGAGAUAAUGCCCUGAGUCUCUUUUUGAAGAUGACUUGACUAAAGUUAGAAUAUUGUUACAGUGAGACAUGUGAAUAUGUAGUAAAACAAAAGCUUCUCAAUGUAGAAUAAAUUAAUAGCACAGUUUCCAUUGCUGUGUAAGAUUUCUGAAAGUGUAUUCACUUCUGCAUUCACUUCUGUAAUUGGUUCUGUCAUUGCAUGUUAACGAUGCAUACAACCUGUAACAGAUUUCAAAUGUGUUGCAUUUUAAUGUGCAGAGUGAUAAAAUGGGUUAUAAUAGCUUGGUCUACACUUUAGCUGUUCAGUAUUUAAGGCAUCAAUUUUAAUUGGCUUGGAAGGCGUGCCUCAACUCAGCCUAUGGUGCUUCCCAUGUUCUGGGUGACCUCACAAAAUGCAGCCAAAGACCAGCUUAAUUUUCUGCCUGUCCUGUAACAUAAUCCCUCACCACUUGCUACUAUAUUAUUUACUGCACUUAGGACUUACAUAUCCCUGGUUACUUGUUUUGCUUUGAAUAACAGGACAUCUGCUACCUUACCUCCAAGUUCUGAACUCCACCUUGCUUUAACUUUGAUGAAGUUAUAAUAGCCUUUUGGUCUCUGUCAUCUAUUGAUACUCUUUUCUUUAAAAAAAAAAAAAAGAAAAACAAUUAAACCGUCUUGGUUUGGUAUUUCUGUGUCUCCA